CACUGGUCAAAGUGCUGUCAGUGUCAAAUAUGUAUUUAUUUUAUUUAUUCAAAAUAUUAAGUUUCUGAAAUUUUAUUCUGAAUCUGAAUUGAAUAUAAAAUUGAAAUUUUUAUUUUGUUUUUAAGCCGAAUGCAUUAUUUUAAUUUUUUAUGCUAACCUAACCUUAAAAUCCCAAUAAUCAAUCACUCAAUCAGUCACCCCAUAUAAAAUCUAUCUUCAAUCCAGUUGCCGGCAUGAAUCCUAGGUUUGAAGACACACUGCAAUGCAUAUUUCUUUCUACUACAGAACUUUCUAGAGAAGAAUGGGAAGAUUUAUGUAUAUCAAUAAAUGGAAUAAUAGAAUCAAUUUCCAAAGAAUAUAUAUGGCACAGAGAUGAGUUCAGGGUAUAUUUACCAAUUGUACCAGAUGUAAACAAUGAUAUUACUCCAUGCCUUAUGAGUACAACAUGUUUUGGUGAUAACAUUGAGGAUGAAUGGUUCAUAGUUUAUCUUAUAUUUGAGAUAACAAAAAAAUACAACUUGCUCGUUCAAGUUCAAGACAAUGACGGUGAUUUCCUUCUCAUUGAAGCAGCAGACUACUUGCCAGCGUGGGCUAAUCCUGAAACCACUGAAAAUAGGGUGUUUAUAUUUAAUCAACACUUACAUUUAAUACCAAAUGCAAUAGCAUCUACAGAUGCACCAUUGGAACUGAAAAAAGCAAUAAAACUUGUCACACAGAAUCCAGAAGUAACUAAAGCACCUAUUGAAGUAGAACAGGCUGUCAUAAAACGCAUUGGAGAAUAUCCACAAAAAAUCAAAGAAGGUUGUCAUAGUGCUAUUCUGAAACUUCCAGUGGAAGUAGCCACAGUACUGACGCUCAAACCAUUUUUAAUAUCUCCAAUUGUAAAUACAUAUUGCAACCUAGAUGCAAUUGAUGCUAAACUUUGUAAAGAUGUUAAAUUCGAAAACUGUAUAAAUACAGAAGUCAAAUUUACUAAAUACUUGUAUGCUAUGAUAAUGCAGUCCAAAAUUCCUAAUUAUGUUAAGUGCAACAAGUCAAUGAAUGUGAAAGCAAAUCAGCUUGGACUUAAAGUUACUUGUGCCUAUAAAAUAUUGACCAAUAGGCUUACUAAGGAUGUAUAUUAUACAACAGAAUAUAAAAAGUUUCUUAACAGUCUUAUAAAGAAUGGUUACUUCAAAAAUAAUUUAGAGGGUUCUCUUGAAUACUCACAAUUGCUAGAUAAAGCAAAAGCCUACUUUUUGGAGAUGGAGUGUUCAGUAAGUUUAAAUGCAUGUAAUAUAAUUAACAAAAUAAAGUCUUCUGAUGAAUUUCACAAUACAGCAGAGUUCUUGAAACAAAGGAGUCAAACAGAAUGUUUACAAGAUGAUGAUGAUGACUGGUUAAAUGUAAAUCCUGAUCAACUAAAUGAUUUUCUAAACAGCCAUUAUGGUAAAAAUGUAAAGCUAAAGAACAAGGACCCUAUAACACCACAUAUAAUGACAUCGCAAUUAACAGAUUUUCUAAAAGAAACUACCUGCUUUGAAGGAAUAGAACAUGAUAGAAAAGAAGACACAAAAAUUGAUUUUGAUUCAGAGGAAUUUGUUAAUUGCUUAGAAAAAAUGUUGAACUUCGUUUCAAAUCAAAAUAUGAAUGAAAACUAUACUAACAGUGAUUUUAGUAGUGAUGAGGAUGUGGAUGAUAGUGAUGAAUGUGUCAAAAGUAAUAUAGGAUUAAAAAUCAAAGCUCAAGAUCUAGAACUAGCGUCUAAAUUAAAAUUGAUUGAAAAAGAUAAUGUAGAAGAAAGUGUUUUAAAGAAUUUAUCUCAAAGUAUGAAAGAAGAAGGCACAUCUGGUCCUGCUAGCACUAUCUUAAGACAAAUAGGAAUAAACAAAAGUGAUGUGUUAGAUUCUGAUGAUGAUGAAUGAGACACUUUUUAUAGUUGUAAUUGACAGACCAAGCAAAUGUCUACCUAAAGGUGAGUGGGAAACCAUUUUGUAUAAUCAGAAGAACAGUUGUAUACAAAACAGAACAGUACUAAUGAUACACAAAGUACAUCUAAAUCUGUGAAAGUUAAAUUUUUAAAAUCUUUGUAUAAGGUAUUGUGAAUAUCAUUAAAAUAAGUUAAAGUAUAAAA